GCUGCGUAUUUUCUAUUGAUGACGAAUUUGUGGCAAAUUUUAUCCAAUAAAGUCCUUUCGGUGUCUGGUUUUAAUUGCAUCCAUUUUAAAUUGAAAAUAGUAUAACUAAAGAAAGAAUGCCUGCCAGAAAGAAGACUGGUGGAGCAGGCAACGGCGGUGGAAGUGGCAAUACAUCAGAUGCAUCCAAAUACGAUGAUGAUGCGUACCGACAAAAGAGACAGAGAAAUAAUGAUGCAGUGAAAAAAACACGCCAGAAAUCCAAGGAGACGGCAACUGAACGUAAACGUAAUGUGGAGCGUUUAAAAAAUGACAAUAUCAAGCUCGAAGCAUCCAUUAAAGAGGUUAAGGAGCAUGUAGAAACUUUGAAGAAUUUGUUGUUGAACAACGUGCAAAAGGAGGAGCAGGAAGCGGUUUUGCAACGGAUUCUAAAUGAGCCAUCUGAUGACGAGGGUGAAAGUUUUGAUGAUACAUAAAUGAAUGGAGUUAGCGAGUUAGGUGAAGUAAAUUAUAAUAUAGUUUAAAUACCAAAUCCAAUAAUACAGCUAUUACUUUAAAGGGCAUGCUAAUUCUGAAUUUCUAUGAUGUUUAUUUGCUUCAAAGCACCAUUCUUUAAAUCAAAACAAUUAUAAAAGAAUCUUUAGAUAUGUACUAAUAAAAAGUUAUAAAUUUUAA